CCUCUGUUGUUGUUCUUCUUCUGCCAUAGCCAACACAGAGAAGAAGAAGGCGUUGGAGAAUCAUACAAAGCUUAAACCUUUCGCGUUUUACCUGUCCUAAUUCACGGGUUCGGAUAAAUUUCUGAAACUUUGGUGAAAUUUGCUAUCUUCUGGUACCUAAGCUGCGUAGCCAAGUGAAGCAGAGCAAGUACAAUUUUUCAUCGUAGUGAGGUGAGAUUAAGGAGACUCUUGGCCAAAUUUUGACGUAGCAGUUCCUGUUGCAAUGGACAACACUGAGGAUAGUGACACCGAAUCGGUGUAUGUCGUUAGAAAAGCGCUUGCAUCUGUCCAAAAUGGGGAUACCGACCAUUAUACUCAGCUUAUUGGAAUGAUGUACCCUAAAUAUUCUGAUAUCGAUGCAGUGGCACAGCUUGAGACACUCUUGAAAAUUCUAUCAUGUUCUGUUGCUUUCAUAGAUGUUGUUCACCAUCGAGAUCUUCUUUCUAAUAUUUUCACGAUGAGCCUGUGGAAUCACAGACCUAAUGUCAUGGAUGCAUUGGUGGACCUAAUCAUAUCACUGGCUGCUACUAGUGGAAAAUAUCUGGACCUUUGUUUGAAUAUGCUCAUAAGUAAUUUUAUUCCACCUCCUUCUGUGACGCCCAGAAAGAAUCAGGAAGUUCUUCCGCGGGUGCAUGCAGCCCUUCACAAGAUUUCUUAUCUAAUUCCUCUUGCUCCCUCAAAAUUAGUGCCCAUACUUGCGCAGAGAAUGCCUAAAAUUCACAUCAAGGGCCAGGACUCUCUGAUAGUGACAUUGACAUAUGUGGAUAACCUGUUGAAGUUGGAGAACAGUCCAAUCGGAAAAGUUGUUGGCAGCAUGAUUCUUAUGGUGGUCAUGGAGAGGAUGCGAGAUUUGGAUUUGGAAAUUGAAUGGGAUGAUAUUCUCCAAGAGGACUCUAACAGAGGCAUGUUUGAUAUGGAACUUGAAGAUGCAGUUGAAAGCACUAUGAAUGAAGGAGACGAGUUUCCUGUGGGGGCUCUAUAUCAAUAUACGUCAGAUGGAAAUGUAGUCUCUGAGCUGUUGGACAGAUUGAUGGUCCUAUCUUUUAAGCAUCUAAAAUCCUGUAAAAACUCUGGUCGUUUGGAUGAGGUAUUUGAAAUCCUCUUUGAGUCGUUUGAGAACUACGUUCUGAACACGUACAAAUCAAAAUUUUCCCAGUUUCUGAUGUUCUACGCGUGCUCACUAGAUCCUGAAAAUUGUGGUGUGAAAUUUGCCAGCAAGCUGUUGGAGAUAUAUCUCUCCAGCAAUAAACCUCGACUUACUAGGAUGAGUGCAGUGGCUUAUCUAGCUAGCUACUUGUCUCGUGGAAAGUUUUUGCCUCCUUCUUUUGUGGCUAGCAUGUUGAAAAGAUUGGUGGACGAGUGUGCGGAAUAUUGCAGAACAUGCAACGAUGAUAUGAAGCCAAAAGCACAUCAGGUGUUCUAUUCUGGAUGUCAGGCAAUCUUGUAUGUCCUAUGUUUCCAUAUGAGAUCCAUCCUCGACAUUCCUCGCUUUCAGUCGCAACUUACAUCAUUGGAGUCAAUUUUAUCUCACAAACUAAACCCAUUGAUGGUGUGCCUUCCGUCUGUAGUUUCCGAGUUCCUUAAACAAUCGAAAGCUGGUGGCCUGUUUGUUGUCUCAGAAGCCUUCAUUUUCGAUGACCUACAGGAGUCUGAGCUGUCUCGUGCUUUUGGUGGUUUUGAAAGGCUUGACACAUUCUUCCCGUUUGACCCAUGCUUGUUGAAAAUGUCUAACAGGUAUAUCUCCCAUAACUUCAACUCCUGGACUUAUAAUGACGAGGAGCUUUGUGCUGAGGUCAUAGUGAAUACUGAUGCAGAGAGUGAGGAGAACAGUGACGAUGACGUUGAAGUUGAUAACGAGAUGUCUCUAACUCCUAAACACUGUUUCAUGCGAGAAACAAAGAGGCUCUUGAAGAUGCCUUCAAGAAUCAGACCAUCCACUAGUCCUCCUGAAUCCUUCAGAAUCUUCUAAUGGAGAGAGGGAAUGCAGUUUUGCUAAUUAGGUUUCUUAUUACAGUCUCUUAUGCUUAGUAUGUAAAGUCUAAAAAAAAUAAAAAAAAGUGAGAUGUUGGGGAUGAUUAUGAUUAAUAAAUUUUCUGCGAGUUUGUAGCAAAUUUCUGAAGAACAUAUCUAUGAAGUAGAAUUUUGCCAGUUGGUUUAAUUAA